AUGAUUUAUACACUCUUUAUAUUUAUUGUCAUCCCAUGUGCGUACACUUCUUCAAGUACUGAAACGCUAGAGGAAGAAGCUAUAUUAAUAUCAGCACCUGUAGGUGAUCGUGUUAUUCUGUCAUGUGGAACACUGGAAAAUGAUUAUCGUAUUUAUGAGUGGCUUGAAAAUGGGAAACCGUUAGAAAUAGCUGAAAAUAAUCUCACUAUGCAUUCAAAUGGAAGUCUUGACUUUCGGCUUCGAAUGGAUUAUGCAGAUAAAAUACUUAUCUGUCAAUCAUAUAACUCUUAUCCGAAUGGUUCACUGGACUCAUUCCUUAAUUAUGUGUACAUUUUUGCUCCCAUAGUGAAAGCGUUUCUGGCCAAAACAGUGCAUAAUACAACUGUGGAUUGGGAACUAGAUGAUGUAAUGAUACUCAACGGUGAGGUUGUUACUGAAAUGGAACAUAACAUAACCGAGGAUUCAGUCGUAGAAUGCAAAGUUCAAAAUAAUCUGAGUACAGUGCAUGAUGUUGCCUAUAUCAAUGUUCGUCUUGAUUCUAAAACAUUGGCUAUUAAACAUGGAGUUUCCGACCGACAUUCUUAUUGUCAGUCCUACUCAUCCGUAAUGCCUAAAUCCUUCGUAUGCUAUUCAUUCAUAGAAAAUAUUGCCAAUGAAUAUAAGGAACCCUACUUAAUUUCUCGAUCUCGCAUAUAUUCUAGUGAGCCUAGUAACCAUGCUAUUGAAAAUUUGUUUGACGGUUGGGAUCGAUUAUUGUUAUCAUCGAUUUUAAAGUACUCAUCUCAACCUGUUGUCAACUUUAGUGAUUCAAAUAGUUCAGAUUUCUCUAGUACAAGGUCAAAUAUUGUCAUGGAUAUUGUUGAUGCAUCGAGUGCAUCAUGGAGAUGUGUUAAUUGGGCUAAACACUUAACUUGUGCUACGUCUUACCCUCGGUGUGCUCCUCUUGGUCCUGAAUCUUUACAUGGUAUUGGCUAUAUUGAAUAUCCCGUUUGUAUGGAACAUUGUCUGGCUGUCACAAGCCUAUUUGCUUUCCUCACUGAACAUGUCAAACAAUUCAGCUUUGAAUGGAAUGUUUCAUGA